UUCCUGGGAAAUGGAACUACUUUCUCUUAACGUCCUCUGACAGGAGAGACCAAAGACAUGGCAGGCAAGAAAUUCCAGGACCCAAUAGAAAUUACGUGGCAAAUGCUGAAGGAAUGUCUGCAGAGAUGAAAACAAAUGAAAGGAGAGCCUGUGCAGAUGGAAGCAUUUCCUGGAGGAAGCAGUAGUUCCAUGCCAGCCUCAGCUCCAGGAAGGGAGGCCAGGCCAGGCACAGGCACAGGAGCUGAACCUGCCGGUGAAGGUCCCACAUCCAGGACUGAGGCUCUGGGAGAUGCUGAGGGUGUGUAUGCAGGGAGGAGAUUCAUACAUACUUUGGUGGUUAUUGCCAACAAGACCAGCCCCCAUGGCAGGGUUCAUCCGAAGAGGAAGAUGCCAGACACAACAGAGAAGAUAUGCCUGGAACCAUCCAAACAGACGAGGCAAGUGCUGAAGAAAAUGCGGCAGGGAGGACAAGAAAUGAAAGGAGAGCCUGUGCAGAUGGAAGCAUUUGCUGGAGGAAGCUGUGGUUCUGUGCCAGCCUCUGCUGCAGGAAGGGAGGCGAUGCCACGCACAGGCACAGGAGAUGAGGGUGCUGGGAAGGCUUCUCCAUCAGCUUGGAUGAAUAAAGUUUUGAAGCCCUUGGAGCCUCCUGCAGAUGUGUCUACAGGGAGGACUUCUCCAGCUCCUACCUUGGAUGUUGCACUCAAGCCCAUCUCCCAUCACAGGGGUACUCCAACAGGGAAAGUCCAAGGUACAACAGAUAAGAUAUCCAUGGAACCAUCCAAACAGAUGAGGCAAGAGCUGAAGGAACCCCUGCAGACAAGUGAAGUGAUGGACCAAAAGGCUGUGCAGAAGGAGGAGCACCCAGGGAGAAGCAGUGGAUCACUGGCAGCCCUAGCUGCAGGAAGGAAGGCGAUGGCAGACACGGGCACAGGCACAGCAGACUGGGAUGCUGGGAAGGAUUCUCCAUUAGCCUGGCGCUCUGAAGUUGUGAAGCCCUCUGAGCAUUCUGCAGGCGUGUCUGCAGGGACGACCUCACCAACUCCUACCUUGGAUGCUGCACAAAAGGCCAGCUCCCAUGGCAGGGGUCCUCUGACAGGAGAGACCAAAGACAUGGCAGGCAGGAAAUUCCAGGACCCAUUAGAAAUCAUGUGGCAAAUGCUGAAGGAAUGUCUGCAGAGAAGACAAGAAAUGAAAGGAGAGCCUGCGGAGAAAGAAGCAUUUCCCGGAGGAAGCAGUGGUUGCAUGCCAGCCUCAGCUCCAGGAAGGGAGGCCAUGCCAGGCACAGGCACAGGAGAUGAGGGUGCUGGGAAGGCUUCUCCAUCAGCUUGGAUGAAGAAAGUUUUGAAGCCCUUGGAGCCUCCUGCAGAUGUGUCUACAGGGAAGACUUCUCCAGCUUCUCCAGCUGCUACCUUGGAUGCUGCACUCAAGCCCAGCUCCCAUCUCAGGGGUACUCCAACAGGGAAAAUCCAAGAUACAACAGAUAAGAUAUCCCUGGAACCAUCCAAACAGAUGAGGCAAGAGCAGAAGGAACCCCUGCAGGCAAGAGAAGAGAUGGACAUAGUGCUUCAGUGGAAGGUGGCAUUUCUUGAAGGAUGUACUCCAUCUUCGGUGCCAGCCCCUGCUGCAGGAAGGAAGGCGAUGGCAGACAGGGGCACAGGCACAGCAGACUGGGAGGCUGGGAAGGAUUCUCCAUUAGCCUGGCGCUCUGAAGUUGUGAAGCCCUCUGAGCAUUCUGCAGGCGUGUCUGCAGGGACGACCUCACCAACUCCUACCUUGGAUGCUGCACAAAAGGCCAGCUCCCAUGGCAGGGGUCCUCUGACAGGAGAGACCAAAGACAUGGCAGGCAGGAAAUUCCAGGACCCAUUAGAAAUCAUGUGGCAAAUGCUGAAGGAAUGUCUGCAGAGAAGACAAGAAAUGAAAGGAGAGCCUGCGGAGAAAGAAGCAUUUCCCGGAGGAAGCAGUGGUUGCAUGCCAGCCUCAGCUCCAGGAAGGGAGGCCAUGCCAGGCACAGGCACAGGAGAUGAGGGUGCUGGGAAGGCUUCUCCAUCAGCUUGGAUGAAGAAAGUUUUGAAGCCCUUGGAGCCUCCUGCAGAUGUGUCUACAGGGAAGACUUCUCCAGCUUCUCCAGCUGCUACCUUGGAUGCUGCACUCAAGCCCAGCUCCCAUCUCAGGGGGAAAAUCCAAGAUACAACAGAUAAGAUAUCCCUGGAACCAUCCAAACAGAUGAGGCAAGAGCAGAAGGAACCCCUGCAGGCAAGAGAAGAGAUGGACAUAGUGCUUCAGUGGAAGGUGGCAUUUCUUGAAGGAUGUACUCCAUCUUCAGUGCGAGCCCCUGCUGCAGGAAGGAAGGCGAUGGCAGACACGGGCACAGGCACAGCAGACUGGGAUGCUGGGAAGGAUUCUCCAUUAGCCUGGCGCUCUGAAGUUGUGAAGCCCUCUGAGCAUUCUGCAGGCGUGUCUGCAGGGACGACCUCACCAACUCCUACCUUGGAUGCUGCACAAAAGGCCAGCUCCCAUGGCAGGGGUCCUCUGACAGGAGAGACCAAAGACAUGGCAGGCAGGAAAUUCCAGGACCCAUUAGAAAUCAUGUGGCAAAUGCUGAAGGAAUGUCUGCAGAGAAGACAAGAAAUGAAAGGAGAGCCUGCGGAGAAAGAAGCAUUUCCCGGAGGAAGCAGUGGUUGCAUGCCAGCCUCAGCUCCAGGAAGGGAGGCCAUGCCAGGCACAGGCACAGGAGAUGAGGGUGCUGGGAAGGCUUCUCCAUCAGCUUGGAUGAAGAAAGUUUUGAAGCCCUUGGAGCCUCCUGCAGAUGUGUCUACAGGGAAGACUUCUCCAGCUUCUCCAGCUGCUACCUUGGAUGCUGCACUCAAGCCCAGCUCCCAUCUCAGGGGUACUCCAACAGGGAAAAUCCAAGAUACAACAGAUAAGAUAUCCCUGGAACCAUCCAAACAGAUGAGGCAAGAGCAGAAGGAACCCCUGCAGGCAAGAGAAGAGAUGGACAUAGUGCUUCAGUGGAAGGUGGCAUUUCUUGAAGGAAGCACUCCAUCUUCGGUGCCAGCCCCUGCUGCAGGAAGGAAGGCGAUGGCAGACACGGGCACAGGCACAGCAGACUGGGAUGCUGGGAAGGAUUCUCCAUUAGCCUGGCGCUCUGAAGUUGUGAAGCCCUCUGAGCAUUCUGCAGGCGUGUCUGCAGGGACGACCUCACCAACUCCUACCUUGGAUGCUGCACAAAAGGCCAGCUCCCAUGGCAGGGGUCCUCUGACAGGAGAGACCAAAGACAUGGCAGGCAGGAAAUUCCAGGACCCAUUAGAAAUCAUGUGGCAAAUGCUGAAGGAACGUCUGCAGAGAAGACAAGAAAUGAAAGGAGAGCCUGCGGAGAAAGAAGCAUUUCCCGGAAGAAGCAGUGGUUGCAUGCCAGCCUCAGCUCCAGGAAGGGAGGCCAUGCCAGGCACAGGCACAGGAGAUGAGGGUGCUGGGAAGGCUUCUCCAUCAGCUUGGAUGAAGAAAGUUUUGAAGCCCUUGGAGCCUCCUGCAGAUGUGUCUACAGGGAAGACUUCUCCAGCUUCUCCAGCUGCUACCUUGGAUGCUGCACUCAAGCCCAGCUCCCAUCUCAGGGGUACUCCAACAGGGAAAAUCCAAGAUACAACAGAUAAGAUAUCCCUGGAACCAUCCAAACAGAUGAGGCAAGAGCUGAAGGAACCCCUGCCGACAAGAGAAGAGAUGGACAUAGUGCUUCAGUGGAAGGUGGCAUUUCUUGAAGGAAGCACUCCAUCUUCGGUGCCAGCCCCUGCUGCAGGAAGGAAGGCGAUGGCAGACACGGGCACAGGCACAGCAGACUGGGAUGCUGGGAAGGAUUCUCCAUUAGCCUGGCGCUCUGAAGUUGUGAAGCCCUCUGAGCAUUCUGCAGGCGUGUCUGCAGGGACGACCUCACCAACUCCUACCUUGGAUGCUGCACAAAAGGCCAGCUCCCAUGGCAGGGGUCCUCUGACAGGAGAGACCAAAGACAUGGCAGGCAGGAAAUUCCAGGACCCAUUAGAAAUCAUGUGGCAAAUGCUGAAGGAACGUCUGCAGAGAAGACAAGCUACCUAG